AUGUGCAUGAUGCUUCCACUAGUUCAUGCGUUCCCUCUCUUUCUGCACGAGAAUGGAGUCCUGGUCUGGUAGUCGACGGUUCAACUGCGGCUUACCAUGUCGGAUUCGGAGAGGUAUCAGCAAGAUCAUGCAUGAUGCGAAGUAAGGUAGAUGUAACUUCCGAUCAAGUCCACCGGCCGGGAGCGCAAUAAGCAUUUCUUCGGCGUCUCCGAUUAGUUAACUAUUCUUGUCUAAAAUAGGUUGCUGUCAUCAAAAUUGUGAUUCAUCAGCAGUUUAACUCGAAAGAAAGUCACUCGCUUUGGGCGACAAGAACACUUAAAUCCAAUCUAAUGUCCAACCACAGACAUUCCACCCGCUUCGAACCUGAUCCAAUGUUUCUUGGAAAAACCAUGCACCAGCACCAGCACAAGCACAAGCAAGAGAAGAAGGCCACACUCACACUUUUCGUGCCCCCUCCCCUUUGCUCUUAAUCACAGGCCAAACUUCCUCUGAAAAGGGCAAAAAAGAAGAUUUGUAGCUUGCAUCAACAUGCCCUCUGUUCCUUGUCUAUUGAUGAUUUCAUGAUACUGUUUGUCAUUUUCAUUCUGCUUUCUCCUCCCCUUUUCAUCAUCAGCAUAUGUUUUUUUGGAUCUAGCAGAUGAGACCCCCUUGCGCCGACAAGACAAACAAUGGGCGGGGUCCUUGGGCCACUGAAGAAGACCCAAGGAUGAUCGUUCAAGGCAACGGAAAUUGGAGCCUUGCCCCCAGACGAGCAGGUCUUCGAAGGUGUGGGAAAAGUUGCAAGCCCAGAUGGAGCAGUUACCAUCAACCGGAUUCCAAGCAUGAGAUCUUCACACCACAGGAGGAGGAGCUCAUAAUCAGGCUCCAUGUAAUCAUAGGCAGCAGGUGGUCCAUCAUCGCCCAGCAACUUCCAGGGAGGACUGACAAUGAUGUGAAGAACCACUGGAAUACUAAGCUCCGGAAGAAGCUGAAAGAGAUGGGGAUCGACCCGGUCACGCACAAGCCCUUCUCUCAAGUCCUGAGAGACUACGGAAACAUCGGCGGCACCCCGAGAGAAAGCCGAAUCGGGUCCUCGGAUCAACCCCAAGCGUUUUCGGACCUAAACACCCGCCAAAUGCCACCAAAAGUAGCAAGCAGAACUGAAACAGACACUGCCCGAGACAAUCACUCCCUAGAUCUUCUUGCCCAGCUUCAUACCAUAAAGUUGGUCACAGAAGCCUCAACUUGCUCUGCACAUGGCGAAAGGACAUUCAUGCCUUCGGAUACCUCGUCCUCGCCUCCCACUUCUUCCUCUUCCGCCGGGUCCGCAGCGCCGCAGAGCUUCUUCAGUUGGAGCGACUUCCUUAUCGAAGACGCAGCCUUGCCAGCUGAACUUUCAAACGAAGGGAUCAGGAUGAGACCACAGGAUGGCGAGGUCGAUCGUGAGGCCGGAGAGGAAAGUAACGGGACAGGAGGUUUCCAUAAGAAUGGCACGAGCAAUGGCCUUAAAGGGUCAUCAAUUCCAUCCUCGGAUGGUUCGUUCGUGGAGUCCAUUUUGAGCCAGAACGAGGAGAUGUUCAUGGAGUUUCCUGAACUUUGGGAGGAACCACACUACUAAUCAACUAAAGGCACACUGAACUGUAAAAUUUCCUAACUGGGAUUGGGAAGGGAUUUAUGCUAAAGAAGUACAAAAUAAUGGAGUUCCGGAGCGUUGACUUCCUGCUAAACAUCUUCUUAUAGGUAUUGGGUCAGAUUUAUGUUGUACUUUUGUUUUGGGUUCGUACUUAUGUCUUAGACGGGACGGCAUGCACUCAUAAUGUACUACAGUUCAU